GUAAGGUAAAGCAAAUGAUGUAGCGUAACUUAUAGUAAGGUAAAGUAAAGUACGUUUUCACUUGUUGCAGUGCAAACACAAGCAUAAGCGCGAGCACAAGAAAAAGGAAAAAUUUUGAUCCUUGUGCUUGUGCUUAUGUCUUCGUCAAGGACGUUUUCACGGUAAAAUAAGAAUUAUUGUGUUUGCGCUUGUGCUCGCGUUUGUACUUACGUCGCUAGUGAAAACCACGCUUAACUAAUUCUUCGGUCAAAAUGACUGGACUGGCUGAAAUUUCUUUGCGUUAAUAAAGGCUUCGACUUCGUCUCGGUCGACAAACACGCAAAAAAGGGUUUGGGCAAUAUUUAUAUCCUGACCUCACGCUAGUGAGGUCAACAACCCACAUUUAUUAAAGACUUGUGUUGGAAUCAAUUUCAACUUAUGUUUAUGUGAUUUUCGUCAUGGCCUCUAGGCUACCAGUGGACAGAAAUUACCUCUGGGAUAUCUUCUCUAAAAUUGAUAAAGAUGGGAAUGGAUCCAUAUCAGCGGAUGAACUUCAACAAGCAUUGUCAAAUGGAGCCUGGACCCCGUUCAAUCCUGAGACAGUACGACUCAUGAUUGGUAUGUUUGAUCAGGAUAAUUCAGGCGCAAUCGAGUUCAAUGAGUUCUUUGCCUUGUGGCAGUAUGUCACUGACUGGCAAAGAACAUUUAGAAGCUAUGAUCAGGACAACUCUGGAACCAUUGAUAGACAAGAAUUAAAAACAGCCCUUACAAACUUUGGUUACAGGUUGUCGGAGAGAAUGUACACCAUUCUCAUCACAAAAUUUGAUCGCAGUGGCCAGGGCUCCAUCAACUUUGAUGACUUUAUCCAGUGUUGCAUCAUACUACAGAUUCUGACGAAUUCCUUCAGAUUCCGUGAUUACACCAAGAGUGGUUGGAUAACAAUAGGAUAUGAAGAUUUUCUUUCUAUGGUGUUUAGCUUAAACAUGUCGAAAUAGUGAUUUUUGUCCCUCGCUUGAAACAUUUCAAACAACGUUGCGUGGGAACCUUACUUCUGUCUUGAGACAAAAGUGUUACAAAAAAUAAGAGACUGUAGAAAGUUACUCCGUUGUUCAAGAAUCUUCAUUGGCUUCCGGUAGAACAAAGAAUCAUCUUCAAAAUUGCACUCAUCACCUUCAAGGCUCUUCGUGGUGACGGUCCCCAGUAUAUCGUAGAUAUUCUCAAUCCCUACAACCCAGCUAGAACACUUAGAUCGUCCACUCAGAAUCUCCUUUACAAGCCUAGUUUCAUUUCAAAAGGCUACGGUGACCGUUCAUUUACGGUGUCGGCUCCAACAGUGUGAAACGUACUUCCAAACGAUAUCAGACUCUUCUUGCACGAACAUUUUUAAAAGUAAACUGAAAACGUGGCUUUUUAAACAAGCAUUUUUAAGUUGAAGU